GAGGCGAGGCAUGGAGGUGGGCUAGCGGCCGACGCGAGGCCGAGCGGGAAAUGUUCUCUUGGGGCCAGAGUCUGGGUGUAUGUGAGUGCAAAUCCUCACCCAUUCACAAAUAAGCCUAGGAAUCUCGACUGAGAAGAUCACUUCUCUGUAGGCCAUUAGCCCAGGUGCAGAAUGAGCACAUGUUGUUGGUGUACGCCAGGUGGCAUUUCCACCGUUGACUUCCUACAGCGCUAUGCAUCCGAGACCCACUCCAGUGAGUUUCAAACAGCUGAUGAAGACCUCUGCUACUGCUUAGAGUGUGUGGCCGAAUACCACAAAGCAAGGGAUGAUUUACCAUUCUUGCAUGAGGUUUUAUGGGAAUUAGAAACCUUACGUCUCAUAAAUUACUUUGAAAAAUCCAUGAAGGCAGAAAUUGGAGAUGAUGAUGAGUUGUAUAUAGUAGACAACAAUGGAGAGGCACAACUGUUUGACUUUACCGGCCAAGACUUUGAAAAUAAGCUUCGAGUUCCUCUUCUUGAAAUACUGAAAUAUCCUUACCUGCUUUUACAUGAGCGUGUUAAUGAAUUAUGUGUUGAAGCACUUUGUCGGAUGGAACAAGCUAAUUGCUCCUUUCAGGUUUUUGACAAACAUCCAGGCAUCUAUUUGUUUCUGGUCCAUCCCAAUGAAAUGGUUCGGCGUUGGGCUAUCCUGACCGCAAGAAAUUUGGGAAAAGUGGACAGAGAUGAUUAUUAUGACUUGCAGGAGGUUUUGACUUGCCUUUUUAAAGUCAUUGAAUUGGGGCUUUUGGAAAGUCCAGACAUUUAUACUUCUUCUGUUCUCGAGAAGGGUAAACUGAUUCUUCUGCCCUCACACAUGUACGAUACCACCAACUACAAAAACUAUUGGUUAGGUAUUUGCAUGUUGCUGACCAUUCUGGAGGAGCAGGCCAUGGACUCACUAUUGCUGGGCUCAGACAAACAGAAUGAUUUUAUGCAAUCAAUACUUCACACCAUGGAGAGGCAAGCAGAUGAUGAUAGUGUGGAUCCUUUUUGGCCAGCAUUACACUGUUUCAUGGUGAUUCUGGAUCGCCUUGGAUCUAAGGUCUGGGGUCAGCGUAUUGAUCCUAUUGAGGCAUUUCAAACCAUUAUCAACAAUGUGAGCUACAAUAAAGAGAUCCAAAAUAUACGGAACAGCUCUGUAAGGACCAAGUUAGAACCGGAAUCAUAUUCGGAUGAUGCCACUUGCAGCCAGAUUGUAUACAAUUAUAAUCCCGAAAAGACCAAAAAGGAUUCAGGGUGGAGAUCAGCCAUUUGCCCAGAUUAUUGUCCUAACAUGUAUGAAGAGAUGGAAACAUUAGCCAGUGUGCUUCAGUCAGAUAUUGGUCAAGACAUGCGUGUUCAUAACAGCACCUUUCUGUGGUUCAUCCCUUUUGUUCAGUCCCUCAUGGAUCUUAAGGAUUUGGGUGUGGCUUAUAUAGUAGAGGUUAUUCAUCAUCUGCACUCCGAAGUCAAGGAUGUCCUCAACCAAACAGAUGCCAUGUGUGACAAAGUUACUGAAUUUUUUCUUCUGAUUUUGGUGUCCGUGAUUGAGCUGCAUAGAAAUAAAAAAUGUCUGCAUUUGCUGUGGGUUAGUUCCCAGCAAUGGGUAGAAGCCGUUGUAAAAUGUGCCAAGCUACCUACCACUGCAUUUGCACGGAGUUCUGAGAAGUCAUCUGGAAAUUGCUCCAAAGGAACAGCAAUGAUAUCAUCUCUGUCAUUGCAUUCAAUGCCAUCGAAUUCUGUACAGCUGGCUUGUGUGCAGCUGAUUAGAAGUCUCCUUAAAGAAGGUUAUCAGCUUGGGCAGCAAACUUUAUGUAAGCGAUUCUGGGAUAAACUCAAUUUAUUUCUGCGUGGAAAUUUAUCUCUAGGUUGGCAGUUGACUACUCAGGAAACCCAUGAGUUACAAACUUGUUUAAAGCAAAUUAUUAAAAACAUAAAAGUCAAAGUACCUCAGUGUAACACUUUUGUGGAUUUGAGUCCUGCAGGUAAAAGCUCUCCGGCAUCUUACAGUAAAGAAGAAAGUGAACAAAUAGAGAGGAGGUCCAAUAAAGAUCUGCACUGUCUGGAAAACUCCAGCCCAACAUUUUCUAAAGAACCAAUGAAAGCUGAGGCAUAUCAAAUACAAGAGAAUAUAUUGAUUAAAGCAAGUAACACUAUAGAAGAGGAUAAUGAGCAAAAUUAUAUAAAAGAUUGGAAACUAGAAGAUCAUCUCUCAGCCGAGUCAUGCAUAAAGAAGAGUAGUAAAAACGUUUUCACUGAAAGAGCUCAAGAUCAAGUUAAAAUAAGUACAGGGAAGCAGAAGUCCGUGAAAGAGAAUUGUACUUCAAGAAAUGUACUGCAGAAUUGUACUUCAAGGAAUGGUCCAGAAAGGGGAUGUGACAGAGGAAUAAUAAUGUCAACACGUUUGUUGACCGACUCUAGCACUGAUUCUCUGGAGAAGGCGUGCACAUCAAAUGAGGAUUUAUCUUUCAAGGAUGAUGCUCUUGGCAAAACCUCAAAAUCAAAAACUAAGGCACAUAAAGAUGAAAUCUGUGCUAAGUUAUCACAUGUAAUAAAGAAGCAACACAGGAAAAGUACUUUGAUCAAUAAUACUGGUAAUUUAGAGGAAAACCUAACUGUGUCUAACAUUGACAGUUUCUAUUCAAGGAAAGAUUCGGGAGGUCAGAAAGGGGAUGGCUUCAUGCACAAUCUCUCUUUAGACCCUCUCGGCAUUCUGGAUGAAAAAAAUGGGGAACAAAAAUCUCAAAACAGUUUAUUGCUGAAAAAGAAACAACUGAAGAGUGAAGAGUUAGAUAUUUUCUCUUCCCAUGAAAACAGCUAUCAAAUACAGGAAUGUCACAUUGAUGAUAAAGAUUUGGUCUCAUUUACGGAAGUGACCAACACUUUCGUGAGGAAAACGUCUCCCUUCAAAGAUCCUGUGACUGUUCUUGAAUCAAAAGAUAAGGAAAUUAGCAAGAAUACCAGUCAGAUGUCUUCUCACUUGAGAGAACAAGCUCCUGGCCUCAGUCCUCAGUCUGACACCUUAACAGAUUCUCAGAUAGACAGAGACCUCCACAAGUUAUCUUUAAUAGCUCAAGCCAGCGUUAUUAAGUUCCCAUCAGAUUCAACUCAAAAAAGUUCAUCCCAGCUACAAAGAAGAGUGAAAGACGACAGAAGAUGUUUCCCGGCUGACCAGAAUAAUACUGGGGAAGCCUGUCGGGGCCAGAUUAUUAUUAUUUCAGAUUCUGAUGAUGAUGAUGAAGGAAUUCUAGGUUUUGAGAAACAUAUUAAACAAGAUAAAAUAGGCAUCAAGAAAGAAUGCCCGGAGCAGCAUACUUCAAUAGCUAGUACGAAUGUGGAAAAGAAGUUAAUAAAGGAAGAGGAGACAAAGUCCCUUUUGCAGUUUGAGGAAUCAGAUUCUCAGUUUUUUGAGUUUGAAAGUCCAUGUGAAGUGUUUUCAGUUUGGCAAGAUCAGGAACCAGACAAGAAUUCAGUUCAAGAGAGUGAAAAAAACUCUUGUUCGACUGACAUAGCUGAUAUCACGAAUGAUUGGGGUUAUGAGACAGAUUAUGUAUCUGAAGAGGUUAUUAAGAAGGUAGCAGAGGGCAUUGAAAAACACACAGAGCCACAGAGUAGUAUUUCUGUUGGGGAAUUUUGUGAAAUUGAAGUAAAAAAACGUAAGAGAAAACGAUUUGAAAAACCUAUGGCUGAAGGUCCUCUAAGGCCUUCACCUUCUGGUAGAAAUGAGAACCAGCCUGAUAUUCUUAAUGAGAGAGGUCUGACUGAAAAUGAUUUUAAAAGUAUGGACCUAAGGACAGUGAGUCCCAGUUCAAGUGUUCAGAGAGACAAAGACACUACGGUUUCACUAAAGAAGUCUUCUCCAAAGCUUCAUACUUACUCCAAACCCAUUAGAAGAGUCCCACUUUCUAAAACUCCUAAGAAAACACAUUCAGAUACCAAGAAAGGGCAGAACAAAAGUUCAAAUUAUAUAAGUUGUAGGACAACUCCUGCUAUAGUUCCACCAAAGAAAUUUCGCCAGUGCCCUGAACCAACUUUAACGGUUGAGAAACUUGGUCUGAAGAAGGCUCCUCGUAGGGCAUUUGAGUUGUCUCAGCGAUCUCUAGAGAGUUUAGUUAAGUUACGCCACCAUGGCAAAACUGUUGGAGUGGUUGAUACUAGCAAAAAGACUAAGUUAAUUUCUCCUCAGACUCUCUCUGUCAGAAACAAUAAGAAACUGCUGACAAGUCAAGAUCUUCAGUUGCGAAGGCAGAUGAGACCCAAAUCACAACAAAAUAGACAAGGACUUUUGGAUUAUGAAAAUAAAGAUACUACAAGAGCAGGGCUGUGUACAGCACAAAAUUCUGACAUACCUGUCCCAGAAUCAGAUGGUUCAGAUUAUAGUUACAAAGGAGGAACUGAGGUGGUUGCUAACAACACUGGGAAACAAAUAAAACGUGUGUCUUCGGAACCAGAACCCGUGAAAACAAAAUAUGUGUCUCAGGUGACCAAUGAUGCUUGUCUUUUGAACCAGUCUGCUGCUGUUGUGUUGAAUGGAAGAAUACCAACAAAUGAAAUCAUUGUCUCUGCUUCAGCAGACCCCUUAGGCGGUGGUGACCGAACAGUACAUCAUUUAGAGUUGGCAACUUUGAAAGACGGAGAGCCUGAAUCCAACAGUGAUACAGAAGAUGAGAAUAUAUUUCUAACACAGCACGAUCCUGAAGAUAUGGAUUUGUGUUCACAGAUGGAGAAUGGUAAUGAGAAACUCAUUGAAGUAGUUCAUGGCAAAGAUACAGCUCAGGUGGAAGAAGAUUCUGUAAGUCAGCCUCAGUUGGAAUCUUGGAGUAGCACAAAAUGUAAGUACAAAGAUUGUGUUGAAACCCCGAAAAACCAGGGUGACUACUGCUCAAAACACUGUGAAGCUAAAGCAGCAGAUGAAGAUGUAUUUCGUAAACCUGGCUUGCCCCUUUCUGCAUCUAAGCCUUCCAGACCUUCCACUGCGAAGAUUUUUAGCUCAAGUAGUACUUCACGAAUUGCUAAUCUUUCCAAGUCUUUGGAAAGUACCUCUGCACUUCCACCAGCUCUAAAAAAUAAGUCAAAUGGGGCACAGGCUGUUUUGAAAGUCCCACAGCCAGCCUCUCUGGUGUCUCCAAAGCCAGUGGGUGAAGUGAAGAGUUUGGGCAAUGUUUUUCAUCCCCAGACUCCAAGUAAUUGCAGCAGGCAAGGUUACAAACUGACAUUUGGUGAAAGCAAAUCCUUCUCGGCUUCCUCUCCGGUCCACAUUCUCUUGUCAUCACAGUCCAUCUCUGACACUUUUGUCAAAGAGGUCUUAAAAUGGAAAUACGAAAUGUUUGUGAACUUUGAUCAGUGCGGGCCCCCAGCAAGCCUUUGUCAGUCCAUCUCAAGACCUGUGCCUGUCAGAUUUCAAGAUUGUGGAGAUUAUUUUAAUGUUUUUUUCCCUUUGAUGAUAUUGAAUACUUUUGAAACAGUGGCACAGGAGUGGAUCAGCUCUCCAAACAAAGAGAAAUUCUAUCAGUUGCAUUUACGAAAAUUUCCUGCUGAUUAUAAAAAAUACUGGGAGUUUGUGGUUCAUCUUGAGGAAUGUGAACUAGCUAAACAGGUUCAUCCAAAGGAAAAUGAUUUGGUGUUUUUGGUUCCUGAAAGACAAAAUGGAGAGAAGAAAGAUACAGAGAGAAAUCGCAUGCAAGAUCUCCGUGAAUAUCAUUGUGGUUAUAUUCAUAAGUUUCGCCGCACUUCAGUCAUGCGCAGUGGGAAAUCUGAGUGUUCCCUUUCCAUCCAGACUCAAGAUAAUUUGCCAGUCAAUUUAAAUGAACUCGUGAAAUGCGUUGUAAUCAGUUCUCUGGUAACUACACAAAGGAAGUUGAAAGCCAUGUCUUUGUUGAGUGGACGGAACCAACUGGCCAGAGCUGUUCUGAAUCCAAACCCCAUGGACUUCUGUACAAAAGAUUUACUAACUACAACAUCUGAGAGAAUUAUCGCCUACUUAAGAGAUUUCAACGAAGACCAAAAGAAAGCGAUAGAAACUGCAUAUGCCAUGGUCAAACACUCCCCGUCAGUUGCCAAGAUCUGUCUGAUUCAUGGACCACCUGGAACAGGAAAAUCAAAAACUAUUGUUGGCCUCCUGUACCGCCUCCUGACAGAGAACCAGAGGAAGGGGCAUUCAGAUGAAAACUCCAAUGCCAAAAUCAAACAAAACCGUGUCCUUGUGUGUGCGCCUUCCAACGCAGCUGUUGAUGAACUUAUGAAAAAAAUCAUCCUCGAAUUUAAAGAAAAAUGUAAAGACAAGAAGAAUCCUUUGGGAAACUGUGGAGAUAUAAAUUUAGUACGUCUCGGUCCAGAAAAGUCUAUUAAUAAUGAGGUCCUAAAAUUCAGUUUGGACAGCCAAGUUAACCACAGAAUGAAAAAAGACUUACCUUCUCAUGUUCAGGAGAUGCAUAGAAGAAAGGAAUUUCUAGAUCAUCAACUUGAUGAACUUUCCCGCCAGCGUGCUUUAUGCCGAGGUGGAAGGGAAAUACAGAGGCAAGAAUUAGAUGAAAAAAUUGCGAAAGUUUCAAAAGAGAGGCAGGAACUAGCUUCUAAAAUUAAGGAGGUUCAAGGACGCCCACAAAAAACACAGAGCAUCAUCAUCUUAGAGUCUCAUGUCAUCUGCUGCACAUUGAGCACGAGUGGUGGUUUACUGCUUGAGUCUGCUUUUCGUGGGCAAGGGGGUGUCCCCUUCAGUUGUGUCAUUGUCGAUGAGGCCGGGCAGUCUUGUGAGGUUGAGACUCUUACUCCACUCAUCCAUCGUUGUAACAAGCUCAUCCUCGUAGGAGAUCCUAAACAGCUCCCUCCCACGGUCAUUUCUAUGAAAGCACAGGAAUAUGGCUAUGACCAGUCAAUGAUGGCGCGCUUCUACAAGCUGCUGGAAGACAACGUGGAGCACAAUAUGAUCGGCAGGCUGCCUAUUUUACAGCUUACUGUUCAGUACAGGAUGCACCCAGACAUAUGUCUCUUUCCCUCUAACUAUGUUUAUAACAGAAGCUUGAAAACAAAUAGACAGACUGAAACCAAUCGGUGUUCAUCAGACUGGCCAUUUCAACCUUACCUGGUGUUUGAUGUCGGAGACGGUUCAGAAAGACGGGAUAAUGACUCAUAUGUAAAUGUUCAAGAAAUAAAACUGGUAAUGGAAAUAAUUAAACUUAUUAAAGACAAAAGAAGGGAUGUUACUUUCCGGAACAUUGGCAUAAUAACCCAUUACAAGGCUCAGAAGACGAUGAUUCAGAAGGAUUUGGACAAAGAAUUUGAUAAAAAAGGGCCAGCGGAAGUAGAUACCGUGGAUGGGUUCCAGGGCCGGCAGAAGGAUUGCGUUAUUGUUACGUGCGUCAGAGCAAAUACCAUGCAGGGCUCAAUUGGAUUUCUGGCAAGUUUGCAGAGACUGAACGUCACCAUCACACGAGCCAAGUACAGCCUCUUCAUCCUCGGACAUUUAAGGACCCUCAUGGAAAAUCAGCACUGGAACCACCUGAUUCAGGAUGCACAGAAGCGGGGCGCCAUCAUCAAGACGUGCGACAAGAACUACAGGCACGACGCAGCGAAGAUUCUGAAGCUCAAGCCCGUGCUGCAGAGAAGUCUGACUCACCCGCCAGCCGUAGCCCCGGAGGCGUCCAGACCCCAGGGCGGCUUGCCCAGCAACAAGCUUGACAGUGAAUUUGCCAAGACAUCUUUCACUUCUUCCCUGUAUCACACGCCCCCUGACUCCAAGGAAUCUUCUGGUACUGUCACUACAAAGGACCCUGAAAGGCCUCUCGUUCAGGACCGGCUUCGGGACCCACGACUGCUCAGGAGGAUGGGCCUGGACCCCGAAGCCAAAGGGAUGUGCCUAAGGGAUCCGCAGCCCUUGAGCCCCCAGCACCCCGGAGCGACACCUCCCUCGGGCGAGCCAGGCUUCCCUGCCAGUCACCAGGAUCUGGGUAGCGCACAGCAGUCCACUGCCAGAGGAACCGCUCUGAACAACCACAAACCUCACGCGCAGUGGGAACCUCCAGCUGCUGGGACUGAUGUCUCCACAAGUAAAAGAAGAUGUGACUGGGAAGAAGGACUCAGCCACAGAAGAGAGACCCGGGCUUUCAGUGAGGGCGACCAGGACAGGUGGAGCCCGGAGAGCCACUACUCGAAGAGGAGCCCCGGCUGGGACAAGAGGGGACUGCAGAAGGAGGACUGCAGCUCAAAGAAAAGAAGGCUUUUAUAGUAAAGCCACGUGGCACAGACUGUCGGCUACAGCAGCGUUGCAAACUUCAGAUGACCAGCUAAUGGGACUGUCCAGAUAAGAUGAUUUUUUUUCCUUAAAGGAGCUUGUGUGCUGUUGGAAAACAUGGAAAAUGUAUCCUAACACCUGGGCCUCUUGGUCAUCUUCCAUAGUUUUUUGUCAGGUGCAAAAGCUUUCGAGGGCCUUUGUGUGUCUGUAAUGUUGUCCUUGAAGUCAGAGACUUAAAAUGUUGAGCUCCCGUCCUUCUGAGAUAAGGGGUCAGACUGAGGCGGGUGUUGUCGAAGUUGAAAUGUAUAUUUGUAUAGCAAAUAAGAAAAUCGUUUUAAAAUGUAAUCUAGUAGACCGCUUUUCUUUCCCCUGUGUAAAAUGUUAGUCAUUUUCAGCAGAACAAACUUUAUAUU